AUGUGUUACAUUGGAGCUUGGAGCUUGGUGAGAACUUGCUUGAUCUGUUUGGAGAAAAUUGAUCACUCCCCGAAGGUGUUUGAUAAAAUGGCCCAGCCAAUUGGUCCAAGGCUGUAUAGUUGCUGCAACUGCAGGAACCAUGUAGGACUUCACGAUGAUAUCAUCUCCAAGGCUUUUCAGGGAAGAACAGGGCGAGCUUUCCUCUUCUCCCACGCGAUGAACAUUGUGGUAGGAGCCAAAGAAGACCGGCAUCUUCUAACGGGUCUCCACACCGUGGCUGAUAUAUCUUGUGCUGACUGCAAUGAGCCGUUGGGCUGGAAGUACGAGCGAGCCUACGAGACCUCACAAAAGUACAAGGAGGGCAAGUUCAUAUUCGAAAAGGCUAAGAUUGUCAAGGAGGACUGCUUCACAUCUUCUUUUUAUUCGGAAAAAGGAAGAGAGAUGUAUCUGAAGAAGCCGAUAUGGAUCGAUGGCGCGUCAGCGACGCCGGCGAAUCCGUCGGAAUCGGAGAAUGGCGAAGAUUCAGACGCGGCGGCGAUGGUAGUUGAAGAGCUGGUGACUUCUCUGAAUACGCAGAGGCUUUACAGAGAGCUGACACUAUCCCUCCGGACCGGCUUACGCGAUGCUUGCGCUGAAUUCUCCUUCCUUCGAAUCCGCGGCCUUCGAUCUCUUCUCAAAACUCUCCGAUCUGUCGCGGAGUCAGAUUCCAUCAUUCGCCUCUUCUCUCACACCCAAACCAUCUCCGAUCUCCAACUGGUUCCGGUGCUCUUCCGACAUUCAUUGAAAGAAGCGGAGGAUGACAGAGUGACGAGCUUGGAUCACAUAUUCAGUGUGGAGCCGAUGAAGAUAACGAGUCCUUCCACGGAUGCUGAGGUCGCGGUUGCACUUAGGGUUCUUGAAGGAUGCUGCCUUCUCCAUCCUCAGAGCACUGUUCUGGCUCACAAGCACGGCGCAGUGCGCGUAAUGAUGAAUGUAUUAUCAACACGAGGAGUACUUGAGCAAGGUGCUUGCUUGGAUGCCUUAAUCUCAAUAUUGCUGGAUUCAUCAGCAAAUCAGGUGGAUUUUGGAGCCUGCAAUGGUAUAGAGGAGGUUGCAAUGCUCAUGCGAGACAAACAAGCUGAUGAAAACCUCAGGUUGAGAUGCGGAGAGUUUUUGUUACUGUUAGUUGGACAUGUGAAUGGGAAGGAUCGAUCCCCGAUUGCGAGUGUAAAUGAAGACAUCAGGCGCCUUCUUGGUGAGAAAUCGGCUUCUUUAAUAUGGGCGGCGAGUCAAUUCGGUUCAACACGUGACCCUGAACAAAGAAUCACUGCUCUUCACAUCCAGGCUGGUAGAGUGCUCGAGUCCCUCGACUUAUCCAACUCCGAACGAAGAGGAGGAAGAAGAAAGAUGAGUGACGAAACGGCGUCGUCUCCGUCUCCGUCAACGGCGAAUAAGAAGGAGAGUUUGGGAUGGAUGGAGUGGAUGAGAGGAUGGAGCAGCGUUUUCCAGGAGAUUCUCUUCCAGAGGAUCACGGCGUCUCAUUUGGAGAACCCUCUCCCUCUUCCUCCCGUCAACGACCUCACUUGCGUUGUCACUGGCUCCACCAGCGGCAUUGGCCGCGAGACCGCUAGGCAGCUUGCAGAGGCUGGUGCUCAUGUUGUGAUGGCCGUGAGGAACACAAAGGCGGCUCAUGAGCUGAUACAACAAUGGCAGAACGAGUGGUCUGGUAGGGGUCUCCCACUUAACAUCGAGGCAAUGGAACUUGAUCUUCUUUCACUGGAUUCUGUCGCAAGAUUUGCCGAUGCUUGGAACUCCCGGUUAGGACCUUUGCAUGUUCUAAUUAACAAUGCUGGCAUAUUUUCGAUGGGAGAGGCGCAAAAAUUCUCAGAGGAAGGAUACGAGCAGCACAUGCAAGUGAAUCAUCUAGCUCCGGCGCUGCUUUCAUUACUCCUUUUGCCGUCUCUCAUCCGAGGCUCUCCCAGCCGAAUUAUUAACGUUAAUUCCGUUAUGCAUAAUGUUGGUUUUGUUGACCCGGAUGACAUGAAUGUUGUUUCUGGAAGACGUAAGUACUCAAGCCUUGUAGGAUACUCGAGCAGCAAGCUUGCCCAGAUAAUGUUUAGUAGCAUUCUCUUCAAAAAGUUGCCUCUGGAAACAGGAGUUAGCGUCAUAUGUCAAUCCCCCGGUGUUGUCCUAACAAAUGUCGCCAGGGAUCUCCCCAGGAUACUACAAGCUCUUUACGCCGUGGUACCUUACUUCAUAUUUUCACCACAAGAAGGUUGCAGAAGUUCUCUGUUCUCUGCCACAGACCCUCAGAUUCCAGAGUACUGGGAAACACUAAAGAACGAUGACUGGCCUGUUUGCCCAUUCAUCUCUCCAGAUUGCCGCCCGGCAAACCCUUCCGAAGAAGCACACAACAUAGAAACUGCACAGAGAGUGUGGGAAAAGACGUUGGAGCUGGUGGGUCUUCCUCUCGACGCUGUUGAGAAGCUCAUAGAAGGGGAAAAUAUCCAAUGCCGUUAUGGAGCUCAACACGAUCGGCGUUGCUUUUUCUUUCUACAAUCCCUGCGAUUUUGGGUUUUCGGUUUUCGGAAAAAAAUGGGUGAUUGGGCUCAGCUUGCUCAGUCUGUGAUCUUGGGUUUGAUUUUCUCUUACCUUCUGGCUAAGCUGAUCUCGAUCGUCGUCACGUUUAAGGAAGACAAUCUCUCCCUUACUCGCCAUCCCGAGUCCGAACUAGAGAUUAAACCGGAGGUUGACUCGCGCCGCAUCGAAACUUCUACCGGAGGCUGCGCCGGCGGCGGCGAGGGUGAUUCGAUCGUGGCGGAACAGGGGAGCUCGAGAGGUGAUAGCGCCUCCGGUGACAGCGAGGAAGACGAUGAUUGGGAAGGCGUCGAGAGCACGGAACUCGACGAGGCUUUCAGCGCCGCCACUCUCUUCGUGACUACCGCCGCCUCAGAUCGGCUUUCGCAGAAGGUACCCAGCGAUGUUCAGCAGCAGCUUUACGGAUUGUACAAAAUUGCUACGGAAGGGCCUUGUACUGCUCCUCAGCCUUCAGCUCUCAAAAUGACUGCUCGUGCCAAGUGGCAAGCAUGGCAGAAACUGGGUGCUAUGCCCCCUGAAGAAGCGAUGGAGAAGUAUAUAGAGCUUGUUACUCAGCUAUACCCAACUUGGUUGGACGGUGGCGUGAAAGCUGGAAGUCGGAGUGGGGAUGAUGCAGUCUCCAAUUCAGGAGGAACCAUGGGGCCAGUUUUUAGCUCAUUGGUUUAUGAAGAGGAAUCCGAAAAUGAGUUGAAGAUUGAUGCCAUCCACGCAUUUGCUAGAGAAGGAGAAGUCGAGAAUUUGCUAAAAAGCAUUGAAAGCGGAAUUCCUGUAAAUGCAAGGGAUAGUGAAGGCCGAACACCGUUGCACUGGGCUAUAGACCGUGGCCACCUCAACAUUGCUAAAGUUCUGGUUGAUAACAACGCCGAUGUGAAUGCUAAGGACAACGAAGGCCAAACUCCUUUGCAUUACGCUGUUGUGUGCGACAGAGAAGCCAUCGCCGAGUUUCUGCUAACACAGCCUCUAAAGAUGAUGACGGAAAGUCCCCGCUCGAUCUCUGUGAAUCAGACUGGCCCUGGAUCCGAGAUUCCCAGAAGCAGACAGACUAAACAAAUACUAACCACAGAGACAGUGCCAUCGUCUUCUCUAAUUCCCGCAAUUGACUUAAACCCCGCCUUAGGCUAUCGGAAAAUGGCCGAGGCGGUGGUUUACACGCUACUAACCGCCACCUUCAUCGUCGUCCUCCUCUUCCUCGCUCAUACGAAGCAAAGCCAGACUCAAUCCAUUGAAGGUCUCAUAAGCCGCCGCCUCGGACGCAGACUUGAAAUGCCCGUGUUUGACCCUCUUGUGACCCGAAUCGAGAGGUUGUCUCACGAGAAAGAAGCACAUACAAAGACCGUUGAGGCUGCGAAGGAGGAGGAAGAUGAUAUGUAUGAGGAGUAUUUCGCGCAAGAGAGGAGGCUUAACACGACGUUGAGGAUCAAGUUCUUGUUUCCUCUGCUCGACGCAGCACCGAGGGAUGGGUUCGUGAGCUUGAAAGAGCUUCAGACAUGGAUGAUGCAGCAGACAGAGGACAACAUGGGUUACAGAACCGCCAACGAGCUCGAGCUACAAGAUAAAGACAAGGAUGGUGCCAUAACCUUUGAAGAGUACUUGCCUCGAUUCUCAAAGGAAGACAUUGAGAGAAACGAGAAGGGUCACGGUGAAGCUGGUUGGUGGAUGGAGCAAUUCAAGAACUCGGAUUUUGAUCACAAUGGCUCUCUCGACAUUGAAGAGUUUAACAAUUUCUUGCACCCAGAAGACAGCAGAAACGGAGAUGUUCAAAGAUGGGUUCUUAGAGAGCGAAUGACGGGCAUGGACACGAACGGUGAUGGGAAGCUAGAGUACAAGGAGUUCUUAGAGAACGCAUACGAAAUGUACAAAGAGUUUGCAAAGUUCGAGACAGAGGAGGAUGAGAGUGUGCCAACGGCUCAGCUUCUGUUCGCAGAGCUUGACAAAGACAAAGACAGGUUCCUCGUGGCCGAUGAGCUUCGACCCAUUUUGCAUUAUCUUCAACCUGGUGAGCUGAGUUACGCCAAGUACUACUCUACUUUCCUUUCCCACGAGGCGGAUGAUAAUAAAGAUGGUAAACUAUCACUUGAAGAGAUGUUGAACCACGAGGACGUGUUUUACAAGGCAGUUCACCACGAGGACUUGGACGACGAAGACUAUUUUGAUCAUGAUGAACUCUAACUUCUGUGUGUGUUUCCCUUUAAAUUUCAAUAACAAUUUUUUUUUUUGGUUAAUUGACUUCUUCGUCUCGUCUAGAUUGGGUUUUAAAGAUCUUUUUGGUUGGAUUUUUUUUUAUACAUUGGUAGUCUUAUAGUCAACUUAUGUAUAGGCAAAUUUGACGGGAAAGUUUAAUCCGUCCAAAUUGUAGAGCUUUAUGUUUAAAAUGACAAGAUGGUAAAAUUGCAAAUAAACGGAUAUUAAUCCUAUAUGUGUUUUAGAGAAAUUAAAACUUUUUGAGUCUCUUCUAAACAGAUACAG